CUGAACUAAUGCAAUCUUGCUUUGCAGGUGUUAAAAGAUCAUAUAUGGAAAUGCUAGGUCUUUUACCAACACUAUCAAAACUUGGAGAACCUGAUGAAUUUUAUAAGCUACAGACAAUUAGACCUAUAUGUCUUAAUCACUGUCCACUAUAUGCAUCUAGUACCGUAUCUGUUAGCUUACAUUGUUCGAUUUUUGGCAAAUUUAAGGAUUUCUGUGAGGAAGCCCCUGAAAAAGAAAAAGAAUAUUCUUUUCAUGUGACUAAUUUUCUGUGCUUUUUAGUUACAAUUGCAGGGCCUUACUUUUCUGUUUCCGGUGCUGUGCUUUCAGAUAUUGCUAUAAUUGACCCGCUUACUCCAAUGUAUCCUCUUAUUUGGCAAAAAAAUAAUGAAAUGAUGGUAUCAAUUUCAAGAAUGUUUCGUGCUUUAAAGAAAUCUCUCAAACUUCUUGAAGAACACUAUAAACAUGUUGAUGAAUUAGCUCAAGACAUCUCUCGAACUGCCCACCCUGUGCAUCUAUCAUUUCCUGAUGUAGUUAUAAAUGGCAAACAAUAUAGCGUUCAGUUCGAUUCUGAUUCCCAAGUUGGUGUUUUUCUUCUUUGGAAAGUUGGAAUUUUAGACACACAAGAGAUAUAUUGCAUAGCCUACGUGAGAGCUGUUCAAAAGCAUCAAUAUUCGCUUGACACAUAUUGGCUUUUAGCUGAUGCUGAAUAUGCUCCAAAAGUUUUUGCUACUUCAGUUAUUCCUAGAAAUUGGCUUUUGGUUUAUAUAGAACAUUUAGACAACCAUUCAAUGCUAAGUCAUAUCACCAUUAAUCUUAAUAAUCAAGAACAAGAUGAUUUAAAAAAGAAAAUUGAAAUAGUAGUUAAAUAUUUGCAUGAUUUAGAGCACGUACAUGGGGACUUAUGUGAAGAUAAUAUUCUAGUUCGCCAACUUGAAAAUAAUGAAUUUGAUGUGAAAUUAAUUGAUUUUGAAUGGUUUGGGAAGAUUGGUUCUGCACAUUAUUCUCAUUUUAUGAACCAUGUUAGUAUUAAAUGGCCGUAUGAAGCAGAAGAUGAGAAACUAGUCACGAAAAACCACGAUAUGGCUAU